AAUAACAUUAAGUAUAUUAAUUUACAACUAUACAUUUUACAGGGAAACUCCGCUUUUACGUUUGACCUCACAAAGAAGAGAAAAGAUGAUUAUUUUCUUAUUGUGGUACGUCGCCAUAGCUUACAAUUACUACAGCGACAACAGUACCAGUGAAGAUUCAACUGAAGUCGGCCGGAAUGAUCGUAGUUCUAAAAAGUCAUCUACAUACCAAGUGAAGCCUUACUCAGCUCCCGUUGAAGAUUUCCCUGCUCCUAUUCUACCUACAGCAGAUGAGAUUAUAAAGGAGUUGGAGACGAUUGUUCCAGCAACGCAACAAAAUUCUCCCUCCGAGAUGGAAUUUUUACAUGAAGAAAUCCCUGAACCUCUGGCCACUCCUCCUGAUGACGAUUGACCAUUUUGAUAUUUUGAACUUUACAUGCCAACCAGAUUCAUGAGAUAUAAUAUACUUUUUUACAUAUUAUUAUAUAUUUAAUCUUGAA